AUGGCCGGCGCCGGUGGACCAAGGAAUUCGACGGUGGCGAAGUCAUCGUCCUCCGCCUCUGCCAAACGUAACAUCAACACCGCAAAGCUCCAACAACAACAGCAACAACAACAAACGCCCUCAACCCGCCGUCAAAACCUUCUGCAAUUGGUCGCAGCGGCGGCGUCCGCCACCGCCGCCGCCCACUCCUUCCUCACCAACCACGACCUCACUCUCAACCCUACCCAAACCCUAACCCUCGAAUCCAACAUCUCCGCCGUUUCCCUCUCCAUCUCCAACUUACUUUCCCUCAUCCACCAUCCCAUCGCAUUCGCCGUCCCCCGGCCUCCGCCGCCACCACCCUCCUGGUUUUACCGCUUCCUAUCUUCAGAAAACGAUAACGACCAGUUAUUCAUCGAAUCAUUUCGAAUGUCGAAACAAUCUUUUUCUUACUUACUCCCACUCCUAACCCCUUCUCUAUCCUCUCUCUCAAUCCCUCCCAAUUACGCCGUCGCCGCCACCCUCUUCCGCCUUGCGCACUCCGCCACUUUCAAUGCGGUUGCUCGACGCUUCGAUCUUGAUUCUCCGACCGCCUGCCGGGUUUUCUAUGUGGUAUGUAAAGCAAUUAUCGAUAAUUUAGGUCAUUUCUUUGAAUUAAGGUCUGAUUUGAAUAGAAUUGUAGUCGGUUUUGGAUGGAUUUCACUUCCAAAUUGUUGUGGGGUUUUGGGUAUUGAUAGUUUCGGUGUUAAAGGGAAUCUUUUUGGUGAGAAUGGGUCAGUGAUGGUUCAAGCAUUGGUUGAUUCAGAAGGUAGGUUUUUAGAUGUUUCAGCUGGUUGGCCUAAUACGAUGAAACCCGAAUUGGUUUUACGUCAAUCCGAGCUGUUUUCGGCUAUUGAGGAAUCAAGGGAAAUUUUAAAUGGUCCAUCUUAUGAACUUAGUGAUGGUAGUUCAAUUCCUCAAUACAUCUUGGGUGAAUCUUGUUUCCCUCUUUUGCCAUGGUUGAUUACACCUUUUAGAAAAUCUGAUAUUGAUGAUGAUGAUAAUGAUGAGGAUGAGGAUGAUGAUGAUGAUAUUGACGAUGGGUGUUUGAAUUCAAAACAAGCUUUUAAUUCUGUGCACAAUCGAGGGAUGGAGUUGCUUGAUACUGCGUUUGGGAGACUUAGAGCAAGGUGGAGGAUUUUGUCGAAAGAAUGGAAGGAGGAAUCAAUCGAAUCUUUCCCCUACAUUGUGGUUACUUGUUGUUUGCUUCAUAAUUUUCUUAUCAAGUCUAAUGAGGAGUUCCCGGAUGAAGAUUCAGAUUACAUGAGGAAUCACAAUCUUCCGGAUUAUGAAGGAGAAGGGGAUGAGGCCGGAGAGAGGAUUAGAAGUGCCAUUGCUUCAGACUUAAGUCGGUGGGAAGAUUGUUGACUUGUAUUAAAGCAGAUAAGUAAGGUAUGGAUUGCAAUGAUUCAGAGAAGAUUUGUAUUGUUCUUCUUUAUGGUGAAGCUGAUGACGUCUUUUUUGUGAAAGAAAUCUCAGAAAUGGUGGUGUUGCUGCUAAAUUGGCGAUGGACGUUGAUCAACUUUUUGUAGAUAGCUUCAAGGGUUUUGAAAUGGUUGUCAGAUCAGAUAUCAUAUGGUCGAGAUCUUGAACGAAAAUGGUAACUUGUUUAGGAGUUAAGAAAAAUACUUUGGUAUAGCUUCAAGAGCUGUUUAAUGUAUCAUUUUGAUAUGUAGAGCCAGAAGCUGGUCUUCUAAGAGGUAACACCUCUAUCAGUCUGUUCUGGGCUUAUUGGGCUACUGGGUUGAAGGCUCUUUAGUCUUUUUUUUUUGUAACCGUAGAUGCCUGGGCCCACUUGAAUGCAUCUUGACUGAUCUCAUGAGACCUUGAAGUAAAUAGUCUGACAAAACCUCAAGUGGCUCUGAGAGGACCUGAACUUGAAGCAAAUCCAAGUUGUUAUGGGUUGAGCUAUUCUUCAUGGUUGGCUCUUUAGCCACUUAUGGUGGUUGCAGCUCUUGAUAGCCAGGGUCCAAAGUUGAUCUCUAAGGUUUUUUAUACUACAUGGUUGCAAAAGUUGUGAAACCAAAACAAAACUGCUUCGGUUUAUUGACAAUUACUCUGGUUUUGUAAGUGUUCAACUUUUGUUUUCUUUUGGUACGGAAGAUGGAAUGGGAUGGAAUGGAAUGGAGUAUUAUGCAAUUUGAACAAUUAAAACUC